AUGUCGGACAACCCCUCAGCCGAAGCUGGGCCCAGCUCCCAGCCCGAGUCAGGCGGGGCCGACGCAGCUCUCCUGCGCCAAUUCGUGAUGGAGUAUCUCCAGUCACACGGCUUUGAACGCGCCCUCCAGAUCAUCCAAGCUGGUAUCAAGGACCAGUCAGGUCCUGGAGGCGGCGGCGGAGAAACGGAAGAAGCGCAGGGCGGACGGGAAGCCAUCAUCCGCGCGCCUCAACCUGUCCCUAUCGAAUCUACGCUCAAGCGGAAUAUACCCCAAGCGCAGACCGUCUCAGCCUCGACCCUGUCGGAGCGGAUUACACCAGAGUUCGAGGCGCAAGCGAGAUACAUCAUUGAGCAGCUGCAGAGGAAGUCGGAGGCGGCUGCGACGGAUGAGGCGAUGGAGGCGGAAGGGGACGCGGCGGACCGACCGAGGCAGACGGGGGAAGGGGUGUUGGAUCCGAGUGAGAGAGUGGAGGGGUAUGGGCGGUAUAGGAGAUGGGUCGACCAGGGGCUGGAUCUGUGGAAGGCCGAGCUGGAUGGGGUAUCCUUUCCGUUAUUCGUUCAUACCUUCCUGGACUUACUGAACUUUGGCUUCAAACGAUCAGCCCGUGUAUUCUUCGACAGUAAUCGGAAACCGCACGAAGCUCUCCAUUCGACAGAAAUAGCGUCCUUAGCGGGCAUCUCGAGCAAGUUGCAAAUACGCAAUCACCCGCUAUCUCAGCGUCUUCUAAACAACAAGUACACUGUACCCCUUUCCCGAAACUCGCAUGACCUCCUCCUGCAAUGGCUGAGCGGAGCGGGACUGGACGAAGAUUGGGAAGCCGGUCUGCACACCACGGCAGGAAGGGCGAAGGAGGCAGUGAAGGGCAUCGUCUUCAACCGCAUCAAAAUCACAGUCUCACACUCCCCCAUGCCCCUCGACAAAAUCACCCUCGCUUCCUCAUCCGGACUCCUCUCUUCCUACAUCCCCCCAACAGCCGACCUCGAUACCUUCAAUACCUCUACCGCCCUCAAGCUCGGGCCCCCGCCCAAGACCGAGAAGCUCAAGGAGCAGGUGGUGCGGACGUUACAAGAUACUGAGUCGUCUGGAGCGAACGGUACAGCCACUGGUGAGAAUGGUGACCGCGACGCGGCCGGCUCGAACGAUGGAGCAGCAGACGCGAAUGGGGAUAUCGACAUGACCCAGCCGAUCAUGAAGGAGAUCGAACCCGAUCUGGACGCGGACACCCUCAGUCCAGAACCGGGGGAGACGUUCCCGCCUGUCCCGGCUGUCUUUCGUACGGCGGAUCUGAAGCGAGAGGUGGAGGCUGUAAGGGAUAAGAGGAGGAUGAUUCGAUCAGGGCCGGGCGCGAAUAUCGGGAAGAGCGUUUUGCCCACGACGGUCUUGCCGAGUGUGGUGGCUUUUACAAUGUAUGAUGGGGGAGAGGGUGUAUCAUCCGUUGAAUUCUCGCAAGACUCGUCAUUAAUGGCGGUCGGCUCUCCCGAGAGCUGUAUCAGAUUAUGGAGCGUCAAGGGCGAGAAAUUAAAAGCCAAAUCUAUGGAUCCCUCGACUGGCGAUAUACUAGAAGACGAGGGCCUAGCCCACCGUAAACUCAUCGGCCACUCCGGGCCCGUCUACUCCCUCUCCUUCGACCCAAUAUACGGGACUGCCCAAUCCCCCUCCUCCCUCCUCUCUUCCUCGCAGGACGGCACCAUCCGGCUUUGGUCCAUGGACACCUACUCCAAUCUCGUCGUGUACCGCGGACACGGGCGGGAUCCUGUAUGGGAUGUCGAGUGGGGACCGAUGGGCGUGUACUUUGCUUCGGCGAGUAGGGACCGGACAGCGCGGCUCUGGAGCUCGGAUAGGGUCACACCGCUGAGGAUGUAUACGGGGCAUCUGUCGGAUGUCAAUUGCGUCAAGUUCCACCCAAACUCGCUGUACCUCGCCACUGGAAGUUCAGACAAUUCGUGUCGACUCUGGGACGUCCAACGGGGAGCGUGUAUACGUCUCUUCCUGGGUCAUACAGACGCCGUUACGACGAUGGCUAUCAGUCCAGACGGCAAAGUCCUGGCUAGUGCAGGCGUCGACAGGGAUAUCUGGCUAUGGGACCUCGGCUCCUCCCGCCCAAUCAAGAAGAUGUCGGGCCACCGCGCCCCCAUCCACUCUUUGUCAUUUUCGGCAGAAUCGAGCGUGCUCGUUUCGGGCUCGGCGGACUGUACGGUCCGGUGCUGGGAUGUCAAGUCUGCCGGCGGGGAGCGGGCGCGUGGGGAAGGGGCUGAUGGCAGACGGGGUGGGGGCGUCGAUCUGGCUGGGACAGGAAGGGUGCCGAUGGGUCCUGGAGAGGGUUGGGAUGAGGGCGCUACGUCGGACCUCUUGUCCACCUUCCAUACCAAGCGGACGCCCAUCCUCAAGGCGCACUAUACACCGCGGAACCUCUGUAUGGUGGCGGGCGUGUUUGUCCCUCCGAGCAACACCACCAAUAUCACUACUGCCGCUGUAUGA